AUGAGUUCAAACUCAUCGGCCUCAACGGAAAACUCCACUCAAGAAUCGCACGAAAGCUAUGAUGUCAACGUAUACACGAAGGCUUUGAAGCUUACUCUAUACGCCGUCAUCUUCCUUGUUAGCGCCAUUGGAAAUAUACUUGUUUGCAUCGUUAUCAUGAAAAGAAGAAAAAUGAAGACGGUCACCAACUAUUUCAUUCUUAAUCUGGCUUUCGCAGAUUUGACUCUAACGUUAAUUUGCAUCCCAUUCGACAUCCCAGUGCAAGAAAUGAACUACAAGUGGCCGUAUGGGUCCUUUAUGUGUAAAAUUCUGUACCCUUUGCAGACAAUGUCGCUGUUUGCAUCUGUCUUUACUUUGACCGCUGUUAGUUUAACACGCUAUUGGGCCAUAUUGUAUCCCCUUCGUCGGCAACUCAGCACUACCAAUGCAAAAUGGCUGAUCGUAAUUAUCUGGCUGUUAUCGAUAGUCCCAGUGUCUCCUUACAUCAGUGUCCUCAGAAUUGGAAAUACAACAGGAGUAUGUGAUGAAUUUUGGAGUAGUAACAACGAUCGAAAGAUUUACACAGUGGUGCUCUUUGUUGCUGAGUAUAUCAUACCUCUUAGCAUUAUCGCAGCAGCGUAUACAAGCAUUGGCAGAGAAUUAGGCAAGAAAAACAAAACUGGUCUUGAAAACAAGUUUCUUCAAAACGCACAAAGCGAGGAGGCAUCAAAAGUAAUUCGAAUGCUUAUUGCAGUGACCAUUCUUUUCGCUGUGUGCGUACUCCCUACGAACAUUAUGUGGCUCUGGUUGGAUUUUGGAAAUGCCGAAGAACAAUUUGCCCACUUUUGGGAACUAGUUGCAUUUUGCAACAUACUGACAUUUGCUAACAGUGCCGCAAAUCCAGUUUGCUAUACUAUUACCAAUAUGAAUUACCGCAAGGAGAUUCUGAACCUUUUGAGAAGGUGCUUUAUGAACCGAAACAAACGCGCUCUACAAUCAGAUGAGAUAGAAAUGCUUGAUACUUCAAGAGAUCUGACCCGUCAAAGAUCAACAGCUUACACAGACACCUAGGAUCGUGGCUAAAAACGUCCUGGGAAACAUAGUUGUGCGAUGUUUUUUCGGGCUCUAAAUUACUCUUCUGACUUACACAUGGGGCCCUACUGAACUGACAACUAGGUCUCUGCAACUGAGUUUUGUAGGCGUCUUAGGGCCUAAAUCCAAGAUUUUUAAAUUUUAUUUUACCUUCCAUUGUAAGGCAAUAUUUAAAUGUGUCUUUCGAUGGGCAAAAAUCAUCCUGUGAUUUAAGCAGUUACAGUGAAGGGAAGUAUCAAGAACGGUUAUCUGAGAAGAGCGAAACUCAUUAUGCUUGUGCAAUAUGACUAGCCGACUGUUUUACGGUUGAAAACCAAAAACUAAACAUUCAUCAAUAUUGAAGAAUAUCCUUAAUCCCUGUUCUUAAUUUUCAUUUGCUUGUUCAGUUUUCGAAAAUAUAGUGUGAGGGCAAAUAAUCCUAUGAGCAAAUAUAACUUAUCUUUAAUUGAUCAAAUAUCAACUGAAGAUAACUGGGGGACAUCGUGUAGUAAUUGCCGAAACACCUUUAAAAUCUUCCUUAAAGUAUUUUAAACCGCCAUCUAAUAAUAAUAAUAAUAAUAAUAAUAAUAAUAAUAAUAAUAAUAAUAAUAAGAAGAAGAAGAAGAAGAAGAAAAGCUUACCACAACAAUAGGAUUUGCUAAUGACAUUUUUACCAUAGAGCAUAAGAAAAUUUUCUAGACAAGUUAAGUUAUAUCGUUUCCCAUUUAAUCGUUUUGGUCCUGAACUGAACUGAAAAAUGACAAAAGAAUUAAACGAAUGCCAGCAAAAAUAGGACAGCUAAGUAGGGGGCCAUUAGUGUCCCUCAAUAUUUUAUCAAUAAUAACGGAUAGGUACCAAUGAUUCAAAAGAAGCUAGGAUACAAUUUCGGUAGUAAUUAUCAGAAGAGGAAGUGAAAUGGACAAUGUAAUAUAUGUAAUAUUUUAAAUUUGUUUGUGUUAUUGUAUUUAUACACUACCCCGGGCAUUUUUAUAUCCGUAAAUUAAAAAUCACUCGUUCAUCUUUAAGAACCAUCAUCUAACUCCUAAUUUUUAAGUUCCGUAUUUUACGUAAUGUUCCAUUCGACUGAAAAUUUAAAACUUACAAAAAAUAAAGAAUAAUACUUAGAAGCUAAAAGACAUGCAGUUUUCUUGGUUUGCUCUCUAUGACGCCAACGCUUUAGUGGGAUGCUCCAGGCCAUUUCUUUACCUCCUUUCGAUUGUUUUACUUUUUUUUUUUUUUAUCAUCAGUGCUUUGAAAAUACAUUAUGGCUGGUAGACGUCGAACGCGUGCAAAAUGCUUCACGGAAGAAAAUAACCUUGAGGUUUAAACAAGAAUCAACAAAGAACCUUCUCAAGAGUGAAAGCGUGGAAUUUGAGCGAUUUGAGAUGCCGUUUUUUAACGCCGCGUUUGAGGUCAUUUAAGUGAUUCGCUCGUCAUGUUGUCACGAUUUCCCGGCUUGGGCUCGUGUCAGUGCGCUAUCCGAAAAAUUUUAAUAAGAUGCUACGAUUUGCGUAAGCUGCUUUCGCCUCUUUGUGUUCAUCAGAAUAAAAUCGGAAAAAGAUUGUUAAGUGUAGAGAGGGCAUCAUUUAGCUCAUUAGCGUCCAAAGCAAAAAUAUUGAUAUGUAUAAUGGUUACGUUUUUAAAGUCUGGUGAUUUUUUAUUCGGAAUAUUAAUAUCCAACAAAUCCAAACUGCAAGCAAGAUAAAUCAACAAAUCUCGUUAUUUUUUUUCUAUAAACCUACGUUCCGUGGUCUGCUAGAGAGCAGUCCAUUAGGUGCUCGGUCAUUUAUAGCCAUAGCACUAGACGUGUUAAUAGUCUCGCUUGCGUAAGCAGCGAGACGCAUAAUCUGCAAGCCGUUUUGCUUCGUAUUUAGGACACAAAAGGGAGGCCAUGGUCCUAGGUGUUCCUAGCGGAGACCUUGGAAACUGGGAAUAAGACUCGUUGCCUGACCGAAGCCACCCAUGUUUCGCGAAGAAAGCUUAGGAAAGCACUAAUGCGAUUGAGAGCUUUUCUUGAACGAUUCGGUCCACGAAUUCUAUCGCUUGAAAGAGUUAAAUAAAUAACUUUGGAACAAGUGAAAACUUCAGUGGUCGAAAAAAAAGAAUAAUCUUAAUUAGCAAAGGCUAACUGGUGGGGUGUUGAAAAACUUUCAUUGUAUGCAAAUGAGUCUUGUGAUGAGCUUGCGGUUUAUUUUCAGCGAUGAUUAAAAUGAAGCGUCAUGUUCUCAUCACGUUUCUUUCGAAUAGAGGCCCUUGAAUUUUCGUGUAAUUAUACACGCGUACAGGCAGCGACCGCAGACGUAUUUACGGUCAUCGUAAACACGCUUUUAAAAUCAGUUGAGAAACAAAGUAAAUAUCCUAAAGAAUACUCGACCGUCGAUAAAGUAGGAAGUGAAGAACCUUUAACGAGUAAAUCCUGUUUCGUGUAGAGUUAAUGGCUUCCUCAUUUCUUAUCUUAUCUCCAAGCAAGCGAGACUCGCACUUAUAUCAAGAGUGUUCUUGUGUUUAGAAAGCUUAGCCUCUGGGCGUUCUCUCUUGUCCGUUUGUCCGCGAGUCUCUCUCAGUGACGUCACAGCUCACCGUAGAGUCCAGUUAACCGAGCCGAAAACGCCCAGCGACCAGGCUGAUGUUAAGAAUAUUCAAUUAACCUCGCAUUGUAGACCAUGAAUAGAAGAUGGCCAAAUUUUUGACAUCUGUCUGCUUCAGGCUUGAUUUCAUGGGAAAGAAUUAAAAUUUAAGCCAAGCAAAUUUUGACUAGAUUUCUACAGAAUUUGGCUUGUAAAUAUCUUUUUUCGUAAGAAAUCAUCAUGAUCAUGAUCGAGGUACUACUCGACUGUCUGAUCUGUCAACGUAAGAAGAAAAUAAGAUUAAUUUUGAUACAUCUUAAUUCAUUUUUUGAUGGAUUAUUUAAUAGCGUGCAGCAGAAAACUUUUAUUAAUCUCAAUCUUUCCGGCUUCACGAGACAAACUGGUCAAGUCAUUGAAUACAAAUCAAUAACGUAACUAUUUGAAACAAAGAAAUAAGUAAUCAUUGGUACCUGAAAUUGAAAGUGGGUCUGACUAAUAUUAAUCAUUUAAGUGUAUAUUAUUAGAACAUCCCAUCAAGUGGUUAACAGAAUAUAUUUAACAUAUAUAACAGAAUAUAUUUUUGAGGCCUCAAUUUACCUUGAGUGCACCACAAUGAAAAUAAUUUUUUUUUUGACGAAAAAACCCAAGCAAAAUCCUUGGUUCGUGACCUCGCAAAUUUAUGUUACUAUCAAUACGUAUAGGAUAGCUUCCUUUUCAACCAAGGUUUCGUUAUGAAAAUCCUCAAGUAAUUACUAAUCACUUUCAAAACAUAAGAAGACGCGGUUUUUAAUUUGGCAUCGGCACAUGUUUCAGCAGGAAAGUCUUUCUUCUUCAGAGAUAAUCACAAGGAAUUGAUGAAAUGGUUUAUUUUCAAUAUCCCAUGCAAUAGAAUCAGUGUUUUUUAAAACUAUAAAAGUGUAACUGCGGGCGUUGAAGAAAGUAGACGCAAUGUUUAUGUUAAGGUAAAAACCUUCGUCUUAAUUUGACAACUAUUGGGGCCCGCUGCUGUCUAGACCUUCUGGAAACUAAAUUAUUAUAAGCGCUUUUGAUCAUUUUAAUGUUAAAAGGCGCUAUAUUAAGUUUUAAAUAUUAUAAUUAUUACUAUGUGCUCUUAAGACAUCAUGAAUGACAUUGGCAUUGACAAAAAGCAGCAACUUUAUAUAAUCAAGAAAAUGAUAAAUAUAGCCAUUAGAGCAACAUAUUACAUCUUUUGUUGUAGAAAUAGGACUUGGGAUAGCCCAGCCUUAAUGAAAUUUUGAUUUCUUUAUUUUUUUUUUUUUUUAAUAAUCCAAUCUCAAGCAGCAUUUGUAAAUUGCCUAUGCGUAGCGAGAUUUACAAUUGUACAUUCUAAAACACAAAUAAAGUUUCCAUUAUUAUCAUACAGUUAUCAUUUAAACAUUAAUUAAAUUUUAUUUUGCUUUUGAACUGUUACGAAAUUAACUUUGAAAGUGACGUUUUCGCUGUCUUGGCGCCGUCUUGCUUGGUUGUUUACUGACUCCCUUUUUGGCAAGAUGGGUAACGUGCAUGAAAGAUGCUCUUAUCCUUUUAUAGUAACAGAGGCCGGGAUUAUAUCAGAGACCUUGCUUUGUCAAUUGGAAACGCCGUUUACGAAAGGGAAAUAGACGUACACGAAUAGCCCUAGUCGUCGGAGUCGGCCUGGGCAAAGUGUUUCAAAGUUCAAGGGCGAUUAGCCCAAUAGACCUCUUUAGCUUGUAUGUUAUUGUUUUUUUUUUUUCCAAUAAAGGUCUCAGGGAAAUUUGCCGCUUUGACUUUUCGUAAUUAAAUGUCUUUUCAUAAAUUAUGCGUAAUAUUGUUGGUUUUCACAUGACGUCACUAACAUUCAAAAUAAAAAACUAUCGAUCCUACCUGAAUUUUACUUUCACGAUGCAUUAGAGCAGUUGAAAACUAAUUUUCGUACAAAUUUUUGCUUCAAAAGGGUUCUUGGUUUUGUGAUAGAGUACGCUUGAAUUUGUAAGCUUUUGCGUGACGCGGCAUUUACAUGACGGCCAAGGGAGCUGUCAUGUAGGUUAAAAAAAUGACUUAUUUCAGAAAAUUUUGCUAUCUAAGCAGUUCAUGUAUUAGAAAAAGUAUUACUUUAAUGUUUAUGAGUUUCUCGAAGAAUAAAUUCACGCUUUUGUAGCAAAACUCGGCAACAGAUGUUUCUGUUGGUUGCCGUCCUCCAUGUUGGAGCUCAUCCAGGUGAGCACCAGCAUGGCGUCUCCAUACAAAUCUCUAUAAGUUUGGGUAAAACAUUUCUUCGGACAUCUCGUAUACGAAAUAUUCCUCUCACCUGAAUCUUGGCGAGGGUCUUUGUAUAUGUACCUCCUUUCAUUCUGGACUUUAUCUAUUGAACGCUUUUGAUUUUUAUUUUGAUCUAUUUUGAAUGGCGUGACACUGAAAACCAGCAAUAUGCACAGAAAUAACGCCAAAUUUGAAUGAAACAGUUCUAGCAUUUACCACAUGACCUGGAAUACACUGGAAAAACAAAACAUACAAACUAAGGGGCCGAACGUUUGACUUUUGAGGGGGGUAUGGCUGACUUCAGAAAAAAAAUAUUCUGCAGAUUGAUUUCAAGGAGAAAAAAUUCUUGCAAGGAAGUACCUGGUGAAAAAAAAAUUCCUACACUGAAAAAAUAUAUCUUUCAUGGAGUAUAAUGCUGGAAAAAAAUCUUACUCCUUUGUAUGUCAGGAAAAAAAUUCUAUCUCCAGCGGUUUGGAAAAAACGUCUUACCCAAAUCAAAUCACUCAUACCCCUCCUCAAAAAGUCAAAUGGUCGGCCCCUAAAUAGGUAACAUUCUAGGGCCUGCUGUUGGGAACUUUUAUCUAUACUUUACCUAUACCUAUAUCUGUUAAUAAUAUCUAUACCUAUACUUAUUAAAUAAAUAUAACUUUUUUAAAGUUACUCCAGGUGUUUCUCAUUAUAAUGCAUUUUUCCUUGCUGUCCUUAUCACCAUAACGACGUUGCCAGACGUCAAGACGCUGAGAAAUAAAUUCCAAUUUGGAAUGUUUCAAGCUAAACUGUUGAUAGGGGAUCUCUGAAACUCAGUGUGGUGCUGCUGGUUAAGAUUUAAACUGUAUAUUAAACUAAGGAGCUGUUUCACAACGUUUAUUAAAAUUCAAACAGUGGGAAAUGUCAUCAAAUUGAGAUAAACAUGAAAAUUGCCGCUCAAAACGUUAACAGAAAGUAUAAAUGACGCAGCAAACACAAAAGAAGGCACCAUUGGACAAACUUGAAGAAGAUUGAAACUGACUGCAAUUGUGGUUUUUUCUUUUAUUCAGUUGAAUGGUUAUAGAACACUUCCCUCUUUAUUUAAUCAGUAACAUUGCGUAUUUAAGCUACUGACAGUUUUCUAUGCAAGUUUUGUUUGUAGGUUUCUAAUUUGUUAACAUAUCUGAUUCUACAUAGUAUGCAGGAAACUGGCUCAAUUCUGUCAGUUCAACAGCUUUGUUGGAGUGGUAACAAUGGUUCUACCUGCAGAUUCCAACUGUGACAUGCACAUAGUAUGUAUCAGGGGCGUAGCAUGGGAUUUUAAAGAUGUACGCUCGAGAAUAAAUGUUUCGUAAGCGCCGAAGGCGCUUGCAACUAGGGGGAUCUGGGGGCAUGCUCCCCAGAAAAUUUUGAAAUUUAGGGUCUCGGAAAUGCCAUCUCAUGGUUUUUCUGCGGGGCAUUUUCAAUAAAUAAUGCGGCAAAAAUGCAGUAGAAAGUUGUUUAUUUUAACCAUUUCCCUAGUGUUUUCUGUAAGCUACAGUGUUCCGAAAAGAAAAAAAAAAUACAAAAACAAUGAAGACAGGUCACAAGCAAAGGGCGAGGCGUCGACCCUUAAGACGGGCAAACUCCGUUACCAACCGGCUGUCAAUAUCCACGUUCUUAUGUUUAUGUCUCUUCAUGCUACUGAAGCUACGUUCUGCAGUGCAUGUCGACACAGGAUAAGUUAACAAUGUUACGAGAGCAACAUAUACACCGGGAUAAAAUUGGAAGUUUGCGUGGUCAAGAGUCUCAACCAAAGUCUGCAGCGUCACAUUCGGAUCCAUGCCACUCCAUUUGUGCUUCCAUCUUGUGACUUCGGUUUUAAACUCAUCCUCAGAGAUUUCUGCACGUUGAACUGUUGAACUGAACUUCUACACGUUGUUCAGUUGUCUUGUUAAUUACGUUGAAGUAAUCGUGUAUCGAUUUUCGAGCCAUAUGUGUGUACUUUGUGUCACGAAACACACGAAAACACUACAGAAGCCAGUGAUCACGCUCCUCAAGUCGCAGAGAUAUUCAUAGGAUUCUCUAACAGUUUAAUUUCUUAGGAAAAUCAAUCACUGGGGCUUCACUGUUUGACGUCACAAGUAUAUUCCUAAUCUCCGUUGACGGGAAAUACGUUUUGUUCUGAAGCCACACGUCAUGGCAUAGUAACCUCUCCUUCAAGAAUACCUGCGGGGCUGAGAAAACUGGUGAGGCUGGCUGACCUUGAGGGAGGGAUACACGAAGCGUUUUUCCUAUUUUUGCUUACCACUCAAAUGCAUUUUGCCAUUAUUAGUGGCCAGCACUGAAUGAUUAAUGCUCGGAUAAUGGCAAUUCUAAUAAAAAACGCCAGCAUAAUGUGAAAAUAUGAAAUUAUUAGCCAGCAAAUUUAAUGAGACAAAAUUUUUUCUCAGAUCUCAGCUGUACGCACGGGCGUACGAGCGUAUAUGGACGCUACGCCCCUGUGUAUUACCUGCUAUAUGUUUCGAAAACAAUUUAGCAAUUUAAAUUAGGGUUAAUUUAUUUUCUUAAACCUGAAAAUGAGUUUAUUAAUGGAUUGUCUUCCAGCAAUUGCUGUUCUGACUAGUCACAGAGUAUGAAAUACGUGCCAAAAGAUUAAUCAUAAAUAACGCAAAAAUUUCAGGCCAUUUUUUCGCCCCCGUUUGGUGCCAAAAAACAACUUGAUAUUGCUGCAUCUUUCCACUAAAGACAAUUGUCUGCAUCUUUAUGCUAGCAAUUUUCCUCUGCCGUUACUGUUAUUGAAACACCGUAACUCGAAGCGUAAUGACUUCUUUUAGACUUUUGUGUUUAAAGGUUUUUUGAAAGUUCCAAAUCCAACUAUUAUUUUGCCGUGAAAUUGCGUUGGCCGCCUAAAGCGAGGAAAAAUAUAGAUUUUCUGACCUACUAAUGGCCGUUUAAAAUUUCUCGAUGGGAGUCGCUUCACUGUUACAAAUAUAGAAAACAUUGGUAACGGUUUGUUAUUUGCGAUUACCGCUCCAGAAGCGCCGCUUAAAGUAUAAGUUAUAGUUGUUUUUAUUCCGUACAUAGAGGACCUUCUACAAGCGUAACUUAUAACGACUUUUUGUAUUCAUUUCAGUUGAGAUUUCAAGUCUGCUUAGGCCCUGAUUCCCAAUCGAAACGCUGCCUAAGGCGAUAUUCAUAUAUUCAAGGGUUAUAAUAAAAGUCCCUUAUAAGAGCAGCCAUGAGUUCAAACUCUACUUUAAGUAACAUAUUCUCAAAUUUUACAACAGCAGAAGAUUCUUCGACCUCAACGGAAAACUCCACACAAGAAUCGCACGAAAGCAAUGUCAACGUUUUCACGAAGGCUUUAAAGCUUACUCUAUACGCCGUCAUCUUCCUUGUUAGCGCCAUUGGAAAUAUACUUGUUUGCAUCGUUUUCAUGAAAAGAACAAAAAUGAAGACAGUCAGCAACUAUUUCAUUCUUAAUCUGGCUUUCGCAGAUUUGACCCUAACGUUAAUUUGCAUCCCAUUCGACAUCCCAGUGCAAGAAAUGAACUACAAGUGGCCGUAUGGGUCCUUUAUGUGUAAUAUUCUGUACCCUUUGCAGACAAUGUCGCUGUUUGCAUCUGUCUUUACUUUGACCGCUGUUAGUUUAACACGCUAUUGGGCCAUAUUGUAUCCACUUCGUCGGCAACUCAGCACUACCAAUGCAAAAUGGCUGAUGGUAAUUAUCUGGCUGUUAUCGAUAGUCCCAGUUUCUCCUUACAUCAGUGUCCUCAGAAUUGGAAAGACAGGAUCAUGUGAUGAAUAUUGGAGUAGUGACAACGAUCGAAAGAUUUACACAGUGGUGCUCUUUGUUGCUGAGUAUGUCAUACCUCUUAACAUCAUCGCAGCAGCGUAUACAAGCAUUCGCAGAGAAUUACGCAAGAAAAAACAAAACUGGUCUUGA